GAAAGAAAGACUGGAGCGCACAAAAACGCACGCGGUGUCUAUAUAAAAAUGGCGAAGGCGUUUCGCGCGGUGACAGUUUCUACUUUGUCAAACAAUGGACAGUCAACGCCAAAAUUCAACAGACCGGUUACACUUAAUAUUAAUUAUGAUCCUCAAGGACUCAGCAUUGAAUUGUUAUCAGAGGAUUUUACCGAAAAAGAACCAAAACAAUUAUUGGAAUUUCCCAUAACCCAUAUGACUGAGUGCUCGCGAGUUGCUACUAGGAGUUACGUAUUUACUCUCGAUGCUGAGAGUCUACUUAUUACAUUUUCUAACGAACCAGAUUUCCGAAACUUCCAUUCCCAAGUGCUAAAACUUAAAAAUGGAAAAGGCAUGUCGGCUUUCAAUGAGAGAACAGAAGACUUAUCAGCGAUGCAGUAUUUUCAGUUCUACGGCUAUUUAUCACAGCAGCAAAAUAUGAUGCAAGAUUACAUUAGAACAAGCACAUAUCAGCGUGCAAUUCUUGGAAAUUUAUCAGACUUUAAAGACAAAGUAGUGUUAGACGUAGGUGCUGGAUCAGGAAUAUUAUCAUUCUUCGCAGUCCAAGCAGGUGCUAAAAAAGUUUAUGCCGUUGAAGCCAGUAAUAUGGCGAAUCAUGCGGAGCUUCUUGUUGCCGCAAACAAUUUGUCGGAUAAAAUAGUUGUUAUUGCUGGUAAAAUAGAAGAGAUUGAACUGCCAGAGCGCGUUGAUUGCAUUGUCAGUGAACCCAUGGGCUACAUGUUGUACAAUGAGAGAAUGCUCGAGACAUAUCUCCAUGCUAAAAAAUGGCUCGUACCAGGUGGAAGAAUGUUCCCUUCUCGCGGUGACCUUCACAUAGCUCCAUUCUCCGAUGAAACACUUUACAUGGAACAAUUUAAUAAAGCUAACUUUUGGUACCAGACGUGUUUCCAUGGCGUUGAUUUGUCAUCACUGAGAAAUAGCGCAAUCAAAGAGUACUUCCGACAACCUAUUGUUGACACAUUUGAUAUACGUAUUUGUAUGGCCAAAUCUGUUAGACAUGUUGUUGACUUCCAAACCGCUGACGAGACUGAUUUACAUAAAAUAGAAAUAGACGUUGAUUUCCAUAUAUUGGAGAGUGGAACAUGUCAUGGUCUUGCAUUUUGGUUUGAUGUUGCAUUUAUUGGUUCAACUCAACAAGUUUGGUUAAGCACAGCACCAACGGAACCUCUCACUCAUUGGUAUCAAGUACGGUGUCUCUUGGAAAAUCCUUUGUUCUGUAAAAGUGGCCAAUUACUUUCUGGAAAAGUCAUUUUAAUAGCUAAUAAAAGACAAUCGUAUGAUGUGACGAUAGAUUUGAAGUUAGAAGGAACAAACAUCGAAAGCAGCAGCAAUACUCUAGACCUUAAAAAUCCUUACUUUAGAUACACUGGUGCUGCAGCACAAUUACCUGCCGGAUUAAAUAGUACAUCACCAAGUGAAUCAUAUUGGACAACACUUGAUGCUCAAGGUGCACGACAGGCUGUUAAUAUGGUCAAUGGAAUGUCCGUUAAUGGUUUGGGUGAAGUUUCAAUGGAUACAGGAACUGUCAAUCCCAGUAAUUUACUAGCACUAGGCGGUCAACCGAAUAUACAUCCGGGUUCGAUUUCAAGUACUGGAAGAGGUAGAAUCGGAGGAACGGCUACAAGUACACAAGCAGCACAGCUCAUUGGUGGCGGUAUUACGCCAAAUAUGUUCACAUCACCGGCAACUGUAAGUAUCGAGUACAAUCGCUAUCAAUCCAUGACGAGAUACUUGUCCGCUUCAUGCUUUAAUAAUGAAAGCGGUAGACUUGGUGUUACUUUCCAGCAAUCGCUGGUACUCAGCAAUACAUCACACUAUCCGGUGAAUCCAAGUCUGAUGAUUGGUGAUUACGUGACGCCUGGUAAUGGAAUAGCACCGCAAUCGUACCGUCAAUGA